AUGUUCCAAUCCUUCACCGGGAGCUCGCGCCGGCCGCGCCAGGUGAAUCUCUCAGGCCGUAACAUCAACCCUUUCGCCUCAUCAGCAUCCGGACGACCGACAGCACAUGGCCACGGAGCCCAGAAUACGCUGGCUAUCGCGCAGCAGGAGCGUUUACUCAGACAACAAGAAAGGGCACGCCUCGGCGCAGCUCGUGUUCUACAGAGGACAUGGCGGGGCCACCUGAGCAGAAAAGCCUCACGAGCGAUGUGGAGAAGAGAGUGGGAUAAGGCUGAACAAGAGCGUACAGGAACUGCGAUAAGUUUUGAAAGUGGCGUGUCUGUCCAGACAUAUACAGUUAUUCCAUACUCUUCUUUAGACCAGUGCCAGGUGCAACUCAGACUGCUGCUACAGUUCUUCGAGACAUCAAACGACCGCGAUGCCUUCCGCCUCCUCUACUUUUCGCACGCGCUCAAACGAACCCUCGAGGAAGUGCCUACAAUGUCAGCGGAGGAAGGAUGGACACCACUUCUAGCCCGUUUAGCGAAGACGACUUUGCGACUUCUCCUGAAGCUUGCAUCUCGUCCGAAAGAUUCCUACUUCUCAGGAGAGGAUUUGCUUGGACUACUUUGCUUUUUGAUAGGCCUCAUACCGAAGCAAAUGGCGCAGCUUGCUAGUGAAUAUUAUACAGCCAUGGUGGCCCUGACAACCAACGCUGAGGUGCUUAGGGAAAAACUGAACUACUCCAAGGAGUCUCUUGUCAAAAGCACUUUAGCACUACUACAACCAAUUACAGCAGACACACUCGGAGCUUAUGAAUGGUUUGCUCGGAAAUAUCUCAUUAUCCCGGACCUAGAAAGCCACCUUGGUCAGCUGGAUACCAUGGCAUCGAAUUUAAACUACAAACUUCUAGCAAAAGGUCUUGACGCUUACGUGCAGAGCUUGGAUGGAAAGCAGCCUGCAAGUGAUGAGCUUGAAUCACGCCUGUGGCUGUUGGCUUACUUCAUAUACUUCCGCCGAUCUGCGCUCAGUGGGAGCCCUACUCAAGAAGCCCCAGAACCCGAAUUUGUCAAGGUGGUCUCAAGUCUUUUGAAUUCAGUAGCCCUCUUUGUUUCGCGCCGCCUAGAGCCAGAUGAUUCUUUCGAAUCUGAGGAAGCUCAGAAGUUACCAUUGCCUGCAUUUGUUGAGGAACAAAUAACUAGCCUGGUGAACCAGAAGAAUAUCACAGGCUUAUUGUCCAAAGUCAAUCCCGGCACAUUUGGAGACAAAAAUCAAAUCACAGAACUAGACGCAUCAGAAGAUGCAAAAGCUCUGGCUUCAUAUGCUUUGACACUUCUAAGAGUAUUUCCUCGUCGUGGAGAUGAUAUUCGAAUGUGGCUCUACUUGGGAUCGGCGACCUCAAUGGGCUCAUCUGCGAUGCAAACAAAUGCCAGAAUUCCAGCAAUUAAAUAUUUCUGGAACAUCAGCCGAUCAACUGAUCUAUUUGCGAAGAUAAGUCGUGACUCAACACAGGUGCUUUCCUUGCUGCAGCCUGUGUCAGGGGACGACGCCCGGCACAACGUACAACGUCAACAGAGUUGGACGAUAAUUUUAUUGUUCCUCGAACUAUACACAUUUUUAUUAAAGGUCAUGGAUGAUGAAGAAUUCUUUUCCGGCGACUCACUACCAACGAAGAUGGAUAUUAAGGUAUCAUGGACGAGGGAAAGUGCGUUGCCUUUGAGAGAUGUGAAGGACUUGACGGUGUUCUUGAAAAAUCUUGCUUUUACACUCUACUGGAAUGCAGCAGAUCUAGAUGAUACUCAGGGCCCUCAGAACUCUGCUGGCAUCAGAAGCUAUUUCACACCCUCUGUUUCCCAGGAACCACUACCUACCGUACGGGAUAUGGAGCAGAAAAACAAAGAAAAAGGAUUGCCUGGGGUAACAGGAAUCCCUCUAGAUUAUUUUAAAGGCCUAGUGACUGGACUUUUACGAGGGAUUCAUGAGCGCGAUUCUCGCCGUAAAUUCCUUCCAGAUGAUCACUGGCUAAUGACCGCUCGCUUUGAUAUGGAGGGCUUCAUCCCUACUGUUGUUGCGGAGGAAGAAAACCGAUAUCAGCUACAAGAAGACGAGGACCAGUAUGAAGAUAACUACAUGGGUGAGGUUUCCGAUCAAUCUCUUGGGCUCAUCGGCACCGGUCGUGCUCAGCAAGCACGACGCAUAGAAGCCUUUAGACGCCACCAGCAACAAGCCGCCCGACGAAAACAGAUGGAAGCGAUUGCACCUAGGUUGGAAAUUCUCAGGAAUAUGCCCUUCUUUAUUCCAUUUAGCACUCGUGUCCAAAUUUUUCGGCAGUUUAUUUAUCGGGAUCAGAUGAGGCGAAGACAAGGCUAUAUCGAUCCAGAUGCAUGGCGCAUGUCUGUUUCUGCGGCAUCAAUGGGUCGCCUCAUGAAUGGAGGUGCCGCAGCGCAAGAUAUCCUCAGUCGCCAUCACGCUAACAUCCGACGCGAUAGUGUUUUUGAAGAUGCUUUUGAUCAAUUCUAUGAUCUUGGAGAGGGUCUCAAGGAACCAAUCCAAAUCAGUUUCAUUGACAAGUUUGGUGCAGUAGAGGCCGGGAUCGACGGUGGUGGAGUGACCAAAGAGUUCCUAACAAGCGUGACAAAUGAGGCAUUCAUAUCUUCAAACGGUCUAGAUCUAUUUGUCGAAAAUGACCAAAACUCACUAUAUCCGAAUCCAACUGCUGUGGAGCAACGGAAGGAAGUCUUACGGCAGAUGGGAAUCAAAGAGACAAGUCCUCAAUUUACGGAUGGCGUUCGGGAUUUACUGAAGCGCUAUGAGUUUUUAGGCCGCGUGAUAGGGAAGUGUCUCUACGAAGGAAUUCUCGUCGAUGUUCAUUUCGCAGGUUUCUUCCUGCUUAAGUGGGCACUCACCGGUGGCUCAACAUCCGCUAGAAAAGAGUCCGCGUACAGGGCCAAUUUGAAUGAUCUGAGAGAUCUGGAUGAAGGCCUCUAUCAAGGAUUACUUCAACUGAAAAACUAUCCCGGAGACGUUGAAGACUUUGCCCUAAACUUUACUGUGACAGACACGGUUCCCAUUCCAGGGUCCCAACCUCGCAAUAUCACCAAAGAAUUGAAGCCCGGUGGCGCCAAUAUUGAAGUCACCAACCAAAAUCGCCUGGUCUACAUUUCUUACAUUGCUCGACAUCGGCUUCAAAACCAACCGGCGCUCCAAACAGCUGCUUUUCUGAAGGGGCUUGGUGAAAUCAUUCAACCUUCAUGGUUAUCCAUGUUCAACCAAACGGAGCUACAAACUCUUGUUGGAGGAGACGCAGGCGAAAUAGAUGUGGCCGACUUGAGACGCAAUACAUUAUAUGGCGGAGUGUACACUAUCGGAGAUGAUAACGAAGAACACCCAACCAUCAAGUUAUUCUGGCAGGUGAUGGAGAGCAUGCCGAACGAAGAACGUCAGAAGGUACUCAAAUUUGUGACUUCGACACCCCGCGCGCCUUUACUAGGCUUUAGCAACCUUAACCCCCGGUUCAGUAUUCGGGAUUCUAGUGAAGACCAGGAACGACUUCCCAGCACGAGUACCUGUGUGAACCUCCUGAAGCUGCCUCGUUAUGCCAACGCCCAGACCCUGAGAAACAAACUCCUUUACGCCGUUAAUGCGGGAGCUGGUUUCGAUCUGAGCUGA